ACCUGCCCACUCCCAGUCCACAUUGCCACCUCCACCAUGCUGGCCUCCGGGCUGUUGCUGGGGGCCCUAUUCAUCUGCCUCUCAGUCCUGAUGGUGCACUCAGUAUGGAAACAGAGGAAGGUUCGCAGCAGCCUUCCCCCUGGGCCCACCCCACUGCCUUUCAUUGGCAACUUCUUACAGCUCAACACACAGCAGAUGUAUGACUCCCUCAUGAAGAUUGGGGAGAAAUAUGGGCCCGUGUUCACAGUGCACCUGGGACACAGAGCUGUCGUGGUCCUGACAGGCUAUGACGCCGUGAAGGAGGCACUGGUCGACCAAGCAGAGGAGUUCUCAGGCCGGGGGGAGCAGGCCACCUUUGACUGGCUCUUUAAGGGAUUCGGGGAAGCCAUAGAUCCCACCUUCUUCCUGAGCCGCACGGUCUCCAAUGUCAUCAGCUCCAUCGUCUUUGGUGAUCGCUUUGAAUAUGAGGACAAACAGUUCCUGUCCCUGUUGCGUAUGAUGUUGGGGAGCUUCCAGUUCACAGCCACAUCCAUGGGACAGCUAUAUGAGAUGUUCUAUGGAGUGAUGAAGCAUCUGCCAGGACCUCAGCAGCAAGCAUUCAAAGAAUUGAAAGGCUUGGAUGAUUUCAUCACCGAGAAGGUCCAGCAGAACCAGGCCACCCUGGACCCUAACUCCCCCCGGAACUUCAUUGACUCCUUCCUGAUCAAGAUGCAGGAGGAAAAGAAAAAUCCCAACACCGAAUUCUUCAUGAGGAACCUGACCAUGACCACCCUAAACCUGUUUUUUGCUGGCACAGAGACUGUUAGCACAACCCUUCGCUAUGGCUUCCUUCUGCUAAUGAAGCAUCCAGAGGUGGAAGCCAAAAUCCAUGAGGAAAUUGAUCGGGUGAUUGGGAGGAACCGUUCGCCCAAGUUCGAGGACAAAGCCAAGAUGCCCUACACAGAGGCCGUCAUCCAUGAGAUCCAAAGGUUUGGUGAUAUGAUCCCCAUGGGUCUGGCCCGGAGAGUCAUAAAGGACACCAAAUUCCGGGGCUACCUUCUUCCCAAGGGCACAGAAGUUUAUCCCAUGCUGGGCUCAGUACUAAGGGAUCGCAAUUUCUUUGCCUGCCCCGAAGCCUUCAACCCCCAACACUUUCUGGAUGAAAAGGGCCAGUUCAAGAAGAGUGAUGCCUUUGUGCCCUUCUCCAUUGGCAAACGCUACUGUUUUGGUGAAGGCUUGGCCAGAAUGGAGCUCUUCCUCUUCCUCACCACCAUCCUGCAGAACUUUCGCUUCCAGUCUCCAGUCCCCAAAGAAGCCAUCGACAUCUCCCCCAAGAUGGUGGGCUUUGCCACCAUCCCCCGCAGCUACACCAUCUCCUUCCUGCCCCGGGGAUGAGCCUGAGCCCAACCAGCCACAGCAGAAGCAGAAGGAGACCGAGGGGCUCCUUGAUGGGGGUGCAGAGGGUGUAUUAAUAAAGUCUGAGCCCCCCAGGCACCUCU